AUGGAGCCUGACCCUGACCCUGGGCAAGACCUUGGCCUGCCCUGUCACGCUGUGGGCGGAGGUUACACGAGAGUAGGCGCAGUCCUUGGGGAGGGGGGAGCCGAGAGGCAGCGGCCCCCAGUCCUCCCGAGGAAGGCCUCGCUCUCUUCCUGUCCACCGGGGCCACCCCGCAGCCCUUGGACAUCCCCUCUCACACCCCGGCUUCAUACUGGCUUUGGGAUCGGUUUUAGGGAAGAUGGUGAGUUGGAAGAAGGUGAACUGGAGGAUGAUGGGGCCGAGGAGACCCAGGACACCUCCGGAGGGCCCGAGAGGAGCCGGAAGGAAAAGGGCGAGAAGCACCAUAGCGAUUCGGACGAGGAGAAGUCUCACCGGAGGCUGAAGCGGAAGCGGAAGAAAGAGAGGGAGAAGGAGAAGAGGAGGUCGAAGAAGAGGAGGAAAUCCAAGCACAAACGCCACGCUUCUUCCAGUGAUGACUUCUCGGACUUUUCAGAUGACUCGGAUUUCAGCCCCAGCGAGAAGGGGCACCGCAAGUACAGAGAGUACAGCCCCCCGUAUGCACCGUCCCACCAGCAGUACCCCCCGUCGCACACCACGUCCCUGCCCAAGAAGGCCUACUCCAAGAUGGACAGCAAAGGCUACGGCAUGUACGAAGACUACGAGAACGAGCCGUACGGGGAGUACGAGGGCGACGAGGAGGAGGAUAUGGGCAAGGAGGACUAUGACGACUUCACCAAAGAGCUGAACCAGUACCGGCGCGCGAAGGAGGGCAGCGGCCGGGGCCGAGGCAGCCGAGGCCGUGGCAGGGGCUACCGGGGCCGAGGCAGCCGCGGAGGAUCUCGAGGCCGAGGCAUGGGCAGGGGCAGCCGUGGAAGGGGCAGGGGCUCCGUGGGAGACCACCCGGAGGACGAAGAAGACUUCUACGAGGAAGAGAUGGAAUAUGGAGAAAGUGAGGAGCCGAUGGGAGAUGAGGACUACGACGAGUACUCCAAGGAACUGAGCCAGUACCGCCGGUCCAAAGAUGGCCGAGGACGAGGGUUAAAUCGAGGCCGUGGCCGGGGCUCCCGAGGUCGAGGGAAAGGGAUGGGCCGGGGUCGCGGCCGAGGUGGCAGCCGAGGAGGGAUGAACAAGGGCGGAAUGAAUGACGACGAAGACUUCUAUGACGAGGACAUGGGCGAUGGUGGCGGGAGCUACCGGAGGAGUGACCAUGACAAGCCCCACCAGCAGUCCGACAAGAAAGGCAAAGUCAUCUGCAAAUACUUCGUGGAGGGGCGGUGUACGUGGGGAGACCACUGUAAUUUUAGCCACGACAUCGAGCUACCAAAGAAGCGCGAGCUGUGCAAAUUUUACAUCACCGGCUUUUGUGCCAGAGCCGAGAACUGCCCCUACAUGCACGGUGAUUUCCCAUGUAAGUUGUACCACACGACGGGGAACUGCAUCAACGGGGACGACUGCAUGUUCUCCCACGACCCCCUGACCGAGGAGACGAGAGAGCUCUUGGAUAAGGUAACGUUUGGGGAGGACUACGGGCACUACGAAGAGCUGCCGGGGGAGCCUGGGGAGCACCUCUUCCCCGAGCACCCUCUGGAGCCCGACAGCUUCUCUGAGGGAGGGCCCCCAGGCCGGCCGAAGCCGGGCGCCGGUGUCCCCGACUUCCUGCCCUCAGCCCAGAGGGCCCUGUACCUGAGGAUCCAGCAGAAGCAGCAGGAGGAGGAGGAGAGAGCGAGGAGGCUGGCUGAGAGCAGCAAGCAGGACCGGGAGAAUGAGGAAGGUGACACCGGAAACUGGUACUCAAGUGAUGAGGAUGAGGGCGGGAGCAGCGUCACCUCCAUUCUUAAGACCCUGAGACAGCAGACGUCCAGCAGACCCCAGGCUUCCGUCGGGGACCUGAGCAACAGCGGGCUGGGGGAUCCCCGCCUCCAGAAAGGACACCCCGCGGGAGGCCGGCUGGCCGACCCUCGCCUCAGCCGGGACCCCAGACUCACCCGCCAUGCCGAGGCUUCCAGCGGGUCUGGCCCAGGAGACGUGGGGCCCUCCGACCCUCGGCUGGCUCGCUCCCUGCCCAACCCAAAGCCCGAAGGCGGCCUUCAUUCCAGCCCUGCAGGCCCCAGCGGCUCCAAAGGGUCUGGACCACCCCCUGCAGAAGAGGAGGAAGGGGAGCGGGCCCUGCGGGAGAAGGCCAUGACCAUUCCCCUGGACCCUCUCCCUGGGCCCCCGUUGCGGGACCCACGGUCACAGCUGCAGCAGUUCAGCCACAUCAAGAAGGACGUGACCCUGAGCAAGCCGAGCUUCGCCCGCACUGUGCUCUGGAAUCCUGAGGACCUGAUCCCUCUGCCCAUCCCCAAGCAGGACGCGGUGCCCCCCGUCCCCGCAGCCCUGCAGUCCAUGCCCACCCUGGAUCCCAGGCUGCACCGUGGCGCUGCCACAGGACCUCCCAACCCCCGACAGCGCCUGGGCGCCUCCACAGACCCCGGCGCGUCCAGCUCCAACCUGCCCGACUUCGAGCUCCUCUCUCGCAUCCUUAAGACUGUUAAUGCCACCGGCCCCUCGGCGGCCCCUGGCUCCAGCGACAAGCCCAGUGACCCCCGGGUGCGGAAGGCACCUACCGACCCUCGGCUCCAGAAACCAGCAGACUCUGCUGCCUCCUCCCGGGCUGCCAAGCCCGGCCCCGCCGAAGCACCCUCUCCAGCCGCCAGCCCCAGCGGGGAGUCCUCCCCACCAGCCACCGCCCCCUAUGACCCCCGAGUGCUGGCUGCCGGCGGGCUGGGCCAGGGCAGCGGGAGUGGGCAGAGCAGCGUGCUGAGUGGCAUCAGCCUCUAUGACCCCAGGACUCCCAACGCAGGUGGCAAAACUGCGGAGCCAGCCGCCGAUGCGGGCACCCAGCCCAAAGGCUCUGAGGGCAAUGGCAAGAGCUCGGCCGCCAAGGCCAAGGAGCCCCCAUUCGUCCGCAAGUCCGCCCUGGAACAGCCUGAGUCCGGGAAGCCCGGUGCAGACGGGGGCACUGCCACAGCCACAGACCGAUACAACAGUUACAACCGCCCCCGGCCCAAGGCCUCCGCGGCCCCCACCGCCACACCGGGUGCCCCGCCACCAGAGGGCGCCCCGCCCCAGCCUGGCGUGCACAACCUGCCUGUGCCCACCCUCUUUGGGACUGUGAAACAGACGCCCAAGACGGGCUCUGGAAGCCCAUUUGCUGGCAACAGCCCAGCCCGCGAGGGCGAGCAGGACGCGGGGUCCCUGAAAGAUGUUUUUAAAGGCUUUGACCCCACUGCCUCCCCCUUUUGCCAGUAG